AAAAGAGCAAGAGAGGCAGAGAGAAGAAAAGACACAAAACUUGUGACUUGACAAAAGAGGGCAGGUACCAGAGGCAGGACCAUGAGGGUCAGUGUGGGACUCUUCUCUGCGUUGGCUCUGUUCCUCCUGAUUGGGGCAGCAUUGUCACAGAGACCUCGACUGAAACCUCGAAAGCCCACGAAGCGCCCAACCACGACCAGGAAGCCCCCGGUCCAUCGGCCUCCUCCACCAAUGCAGCCUGAGCCCCAGGAACCCACAGACUUCCCCCCACCGAUCCUGGGGCCACCUUCCGUCUUUCCUGACUGCCCCCGGGAGUGUUUCUGCUCCCCGUCCUACCCGAAUGCCCUCAACUGCGAGAACCGUAACCUCCGUAGAAUCCCUCUCAUCCCAUCCAGGACCCACUACUUAUACCUGCAGAACAACUUCAUUUCAGAAGUGACUGCAGAUCCAUUCCGCAAUGCCACCGAGCUGCGAUGGGUCAACAUGGCCAACAACCGUAUUCAACGCAUAGACAAACAGGUGUUUGAGAAAGUCCCAGGGCUGCUGUACCUCUACAUGCAGCGCAACCAGCUGAAGGAGGUCCCCUCAGCCCUCCCAGCAGGCCUCGAGCAGCUGCGCCUCGGCAGGAAUCUUAUUUCCAAGAUCCCACCUGGGGCCUUCAGCAAGAUGGAGCACCUGACUCUGCUGGAUCUGUACCACAACCAGCUGAGUGACAGCGACCUGGGAAAGAACACCUUCAGGGACCUGAAGAAUCUGAUGCAGCUCAAUCUGGCCCACAACAUCCUGAAAAAGAUGCCCGCUGGUGUACCCAGUGGCCUCAUACAGCUCUUCCUGGACAAGAACCGCAUUAAUGACAUCCCAAGAGACUACUUCAAUGGCUUCACUAAGCUGGCGUUUGUGAGGCUGAACUACAACCAGCUGAGUGAUAAAGGAGUUCCUAAGACUGUGUUCAACAUAUCCACCCUGCUGGACCUGCAGCUGUCCCACAACCAGCUCGCUUCUGUUCCUCUGUUCAACGGACACCUGGAACACCUGCACCUCAACGACAACAGCAUUGAGAGUAUCAAUGGCACCCAGAUCUGCCCAUAUAGUCUGCACGCUGAUCUGAGUGAUCUCAGCCUGGCGCCCAGAUUAAGGUACCUGCGUCUGGACGGAAAUCACCUGCACCCACCCAUUCCUCUGGAUGUCAUCAUGUGCUUCAGACACCUGCACUCUAUUGUCAUUUAGAAGAAGCUGUGCCUGGAGGCCACACAAAUACACACAGUCUCACACAUACACAUAUGCAUGCACAUUUUGCACACACACACACACACACACACACACACACACACACACACACACACACACACAAUUACUGUGUACAGACUGAGGUAAAAGCAAGGGGUGCUUAUUUAAAUAUAAGCAAAAGGUAUAGCUACACUUACAUACUGUAGAAUUGCAUAAUUGACAGAGGGACCUUAAUAAAAAAUCAAAUGUGUAAAACUUUGAAAGUUUAAGAUGAUUAACUUUGAUAAUUAAGUUCCUUGCUGCCAGAUUCUUGAAAAUCAGACAUUACAGAGGUAAAAAUCGACAUAAAAACCAACUAGUUUGGUCUUCUUGAAGUGUGGAUGUGCCAGCAUUUAAGAUAAUGUUUUUCUAGGAGCUGCAGUUUUAUCUGUAAGUUUUUGUUUAUAAUUAUACAGACGUAGCAAAGGCUAGAAUAAGUAAAGCCUGAAAAUACAGGUACAUAGACAGACAUGCUACAGAUACUGAAGGUAGUUACGCUCAUGGCAGCAUUACGAAUAGCACAUAACGUAAGAGUAGCAGGGGUGACUGGAGCAGAGUUGUCACCAUGGGAACAAACUGCUGUGGAUGUAAGGAGAACUUGGUGAAAACAUAACUACCAUGUAGUUGAACCUGUCCCACAUGUGCCUGUGAUUUUCAAGGUACUCCAUGUAAAAAUGUCAUUUUAUUAUUUUAUGUAUAAAGCAGCUUUGUACAAAUUAUAGAAAAUAAAACAUUUUCUUU